AUGGGUACAAAACUCGUCGCGCACCACGGCGAUGUCGACCGCCAAACGCCGCCCGAACAAGGAGAGGAACCGACUUCGGCGGAAGUCGUGACACCGCCCAGUGCCAGCUACAGCUUAGCGGGGAGCAGACAGGCAGGGGUUACAUCAGAAGACCGGUCCAUAACCCCUGGACCAGGACGCUACAACAGUACUGACCUGAGCGUCUACCUCACACGACGGCCGUCCUUCUCUAUGCAGAGCCGGACUACUCGGGCCAGCGAUCAGUCUCAGAAGCCUGGGCCAGGGACCCACAGCCCGAAGAAGGUCCUGCUCCACCUCCCCAGAACUCCUGCCUUCUCCCUGGGCAUCACACACUUGGAGUUCCUUACUCCUCUGGUGGUGGUUGUUUCCGACUGAUUUUUAUUGGAGUUUCACACGGAGUUUGUGGAAAUGCUGGAGUCAAUUCUGAGUGAAAUACCACUGUGUUGUUUUAAUGAGCACAUUUAGCACAAUGUUGGAAACAUGCUUUACAAAUAAAGUGUUUUUAUUAUCAUU